CUAUAGUCUCCCGUAACUCAUCGCGUUCAGUCGUCCCCCCAACGAUGAUAAUUUACUCGCUGCUUCUUAUCGGUACCUCGAUCUACCUGAUCCUCCGGUACAUCUACUCGUACUGGGAUCGCCAUGGCCUGCCGAACCUCAAACCGGACAUCCCGUUCGGGAACAUCCGCGCCGUCGCCCUCAAGCAGGAAUCAUUCGGCGUCGCGCUGAACGCCCUCCACGCCAAAACCACAGGUCAACUGGUCGGAAUCUACCUACUCUUCCGACCGGCGAUCCUCAUCCGGGACGCUCACCUGGCCCACCGCAUCAUAACGUCCGACUUCAACUACUUCCACGACCGCGGUGUGCACUGUGACGAGAGCUCGGAUCCCUUUUCGGCGCACCUGUUUGCCCUGCCCGGGAAGAGGUGGCGCAGCCUGAGGAACAAACUGACUCCGACCUUCACCGCCGGACAGCUGCGCGGUAUGCUGCCUACGAUCUUGACCGUUGGGAGGAAGUUUCAGGAUUUCUUGGAACCCAAGGCGAAGCGAGGGGAGGUGAUUGAGGCUAGAGAUUUGAUAUCGCGCUUUGUGCUGGAGAUCGUGGCGUCGGUGUUUUUCGGGUACGAGAUUAACUCGAUUCACGAUCCGGAGGAUUCGUUCCGGACGGUUUUGCGGUCAUUUCGGGAGGACAAUCACGUCACAAAUUUGAGAACGGUUGGUGCGUUUUUAUGUCCGACGUUGCUGAAGGUCAGCCGGGUCAAAACGGUACCUGAGGUGGUGGACAAUUUUGUAAACAAAAUCAUUAGGGAGCAGAUCGAGUUUCGCGAGAAGAACAACGUAACGAGGAAGGAUUUCAUCCAACUGUUGAUCGAUCUCCGACAGGAGAAGAGUGAUUUUGGACUUUCGUUGGAACAGUGCGCGGCCAAUGUGUUUUUGUUCUACGUAGCAGGAGCGGAUACCACAACGGAUGCCAUCACCUACACGAUCCACGAGCUGACCCAUCGACCGGAUCUUAUGAAGAAGGUUCAAGCAGAGAUCGACGAUGCGCUUGAGAAGUCCAACGGUGAAAUCAACUACGAUGUUCUUCACGAAAUGAAACUUCUAGACAACUGCGUGAAGGAAACCCUCAGAAAGUACCCGUUCCCAAUUUUAAAUCGCGAGUGUACUCAAGACUAUCAGGUUCCAGACUCGAAGCUGAUCAUCAGGAAGGGAACUCCGGUGAUCAUACCGCUGCAAGCGUUCGGAAUGAGUGAGGAGUACUUCCCGGAACCGAAUCGAUACCUUCCCGAGCGAUUCGAUCCCUCUACAAAGAAUUACGACGAAAAAGCUUACAUUCCAUUUGGAGAUGGUCCGAGGAAUUGUAUUGGUUCCCGGAUGGGCAGUGCCGUUUCGAAGAUCGGCAUCAUCAUGCUGCUUUCGAAGUUCAACUUUGAGGCGACUCAAGGUGCGGAGAUAGGCUUUGCUCGGGCCCAAAUUGCGCUGGCUCCGGAGAAUGGCAUUUCACUUAAGAUAUCCAACAGGACUAGUAACUCGAUAUAAUGUAGCUUUA